AUGGACGAGGAGUCACUGGAUGGACUGCUCUUCAAAGACCAGGACUUCUCCUCUGACCUGUUGAAGCAGCUCAAUGGUUUAAGACAAAGCCGGAUCCUGACAGAUGUGAGCAUCUGUUGCAGUACCUGUGAGGUUCCCUGCCACCGAAACGUGCUGGCUUCCAGCAGCCCCUACUUCAGGGCCAUGUUCUGCAGCAACUUCAAGGAGAGCAGUGAGGCCAGAGUCGAGCUGAAGGGCAUUGACUCCACCACUCUACACCAGGUCAUCCUCUAUAUAUAUACUGGGGAGGCCCGCAUCACCGCCGAGUGUGUCCUGCCCUUGAUGGAGGCAGCCUCCAUGUUGCAGUACCCCAAGCUCUUUGAGGCCUGUUCCUCAUACCUCCAGAGCCAGCUGACCCCCAGCAACUGCCUGGGCAUGAUCAGACUUUCUGAAGUCUUCAGCUGCGGGACCCUCAGGAAGAAAGCCAGGGAGAUGGCCCUGAAGUGCUUCCCAGAGGUGGCCUCGUCGGCAGACCUGAAGGAACUCUGUGCUUUGGAGCUGAGGGAUUACCUCGGAGAUGACGAACUCUGGGGUGAGGAGGAAAAGGUGUUUGAGGCGCUCAUGGCUUGGGUCAGGCACGACCUCGAGGCCCGGAAACGCUAUAUACAGGAACUGUUCAAACAGGUCAGGCUUCAGUACGUCCACCCUGCCUUCUUCUACCACUUCAUCGCCAGUGACACCCUCCUUCAGACGUCCCCUGCAUGCCAGGCCAUCCUGGAGACGGCCAAGAGGCAGAUGUUUUCAUUAUGUGGCACCAGUGUCCCAGACCUCAAGCCUCUGUGUCACGUCCCUCCCAGAAACUCUUACCAAGAUUUCCUCAUCCUCGUGGGCGGGAGGAAGGACAACCAGCAGACCACCAGGGAUGUUCUGCUCUACGACAGACAGACAGGUCAAUGGCAGGAUCUGCCCAAACUCCCAGCCCGUCUAUAUAAGGCUUCAGCGGUCACCUUGCACCGCAGUGUCUAUGUCACUGGGGGCAUGGCUGUCAGCGCUGGGAAGAGUCUUGUCAGCCCUAGUGUUUACAUCUUCUCCCUGAAACUCAAUCAGUGGCGGCUGGGGGAACCCAUGCUGGUGGCCCGCUACUCCCACAGAAGUGCCACUCAUAAGAACUUUAUCUUCUCCAUUGGUGGGCUGGGAGACAGGCAGGAGGUCCUGGGCUCCAUGGAGAGAUAUGACAGCAUCUGCAAUGUGUGGGAGAGCAUGGCCCACAUGCCAGUGGAUGUCCUCCACCCCGCGGUGGCUGUGAAAGACCAAAGACUCUACCUCUUUGGGGGAGAGGACACCAUGCAGAACCCUGUGCGCCUUAUCCAGGUUUACCACAUUUCCAGAAACACAUGGUUCAAAAUGGAGACGAGAAUGAUCAAGAACGUGUGUGCCCCGGCUGUGGUGUUGGGGGAGUGGCUUGUCAUCGUGGGAGGUUACACACGGAGGAUCCUGGCUUACGACCCUAAGUCCAACAAGUUUGUCAAGUGUGCGGACAUGAAAGACCGGAGGAUGCACCACGGGGCCACGGUGAUUGGGAACAAGCUGUAUGUGACAGGUGGCCGGCGGCUGACCGCGGAUUGCAGCAUCGAGGACUCAGACGCCUUUGACUGCUACGACCCAGAGACGGACGUGUGGACGUCCCAGGGGCAGCUACCCUACAAGCUCUAUGACCAUGCCUGCCUCACUCUGCAGUGCAUACCCCACACGCCAGCCUGCUCUUGA